AUGGCUCAUUUUUUAAGGCUUUUUAACAAGAAAUCCAUCAAAAAAGUUCAUUUGAUGCCAAAAUUGGAACUAAAUUCUUCCUCAAGAUGCUAUUUUAGUGACUUGAACCGAGCUGUGAGUGAAGCUGAAAAGGUCGUCGGUUAUCCAUCAUUUUUUCUCAACAUGCGAUGUUUAAUGAGCCCAAAAGUUGCAUUUUCUUUGAAGAAAUUAGACGGAAACGAUCAUUUACUGCUAAAAACAGCCAAAAACCUCAUUAACGACGAAAAAAUGUUUGGAUCCAUCGUGUUAUUGUUCUCAAAAGCAACUGGUUUCAGUCCCAAUAUGCCGAAAAUGCAACUUGACGAAAAGACUGGAGUCCUGCAGUCGCAACGAACAUUAGCGGAAGUGACAGAAAUGCUAAGGAUGACACAUUUGGUGCAUCAAAAUAUUAAAAAUACAAGAAAAAUUUCAAAUUCUGGUAAAAAUUCAUCAUUUGAGAAUGAAAUAAUUAACGGAAAUAAAUUAGCGUUGUUGGGAGGAGAUUCUUUGUUGGCAAAAUCAAUAGCUGAACUUGCAAAAUUACGAAAUCAGGAGUUACUUGCUUUAAUUAUGUCUUGCGUUCGGGACUUUGCGGAGUCAAAUUUCAUCGGAGAUCGUGACGAACAAAAUUUUCCCCUUCCUUCGGAUCCAAAAAGUUACAAACCAGUCAAUUUGGAGGCGGAUUCCAUGGACGAGGAUAAUCUCAAACCGAUAAACAUGAAAGGCGUCAUGGGAAAUCCCGAAAAAGAGUGGGCCGUUCGUCACAUUUUGAGUGCCGGAAGUCUCUUGGGCAAAAGUUGUCAAGGCGCCUUAAAACUCGCCGGCUUGGACGAAGACUUACAGAAGCAAGGAUACCUCUUUGGCAAAAAUCUCGCUCUGGCAUGGCAAGCUUGCAUCGAUUUGGAGCCAUUCAAGUUCACGACAAUCCCCUCGGGAGCGCAAUUUAGUCUCGUAAGUGCGCCCGUUUUGUUCCAUCUGGAAUACGAUCCGUCGCUCUACGAGGAAAUCAAGAAGGGCAAGAAAACUGUCGACGACAUCAACUUUGCGCACAUCCACAGCGAGAUCCUCAAGGGGCCCGGCUUGGAGAAAACACGAAAUUUGGCACGAAAACACUGCGAACAAGCGAUGAAAGUACUCAACCAACUCAAACCGUCCGAUGCGCGAACCGCCCUGCAAAAUAUCAUUUUAGCGAUGCAAGAUAUUUAA